UUCUUAACUUUCUUAAAUAUCAAACUGCAACUAAAUAUGCUAAAGAGCAUAAAAAGCUAUUACCUCAAUCCUUUAUUAUUGAAUCUAUUACAUUUCUUCAAGAUCAGACUUUAUUAGUUAUUCUUCUAUCUAAUACUGAACAUAAUUUUCAAAACCUCUUUACAUAUUACUUUGAUCAAUCUUUCAAAAAAUUUUCUGCUCCUGUCUCUGACAAAUCAGGUUCAUCUAUCAGGUCUAAUCAACCAACAUGGACUCAUCCUACUUUAGACUUCUCAAUCUUCUACAAAGAUAAUGAACAUCCAGCCUCAUUCAAAAUUCUAACUUCAAUUAAAUUUCUUCAUGAACUUGCUGAUUCUGCUGAAAAACAAUUUAUAGAAAUCAACAAAACUGAUCAUAAUAUUAAUUAUCAAACUUACUACUUUUAUGAAUACUUUAAAGCUUUUUUUCAAGCAGCAGCUCAAAAUGAUGAAAUCUUCAACUUAAACUAUGACCAAGCUAUUAAAAAAGCUACAACUCAAAUUACAAACAUUCAUUUUCUAGCCAGAAUUAUUACCUACUUUGAAAUACUUAAACAAA